GCUGCGAUAGGUAUUUUGGAUGACAUAUGCAUCACCAUCCCCACUAUUCUUAUAGUUAACAUGGAAUAUGGAAUGACAGGGCGAAAGAUGAUUGCUGGAAGUAUGAUUGGGGGUAUGAAGGACACAGAAGAGAUGCUUGAAUUUGUAGUAAAACAUAACAUAAAAUCAGAUAUCGAGCUUAUUUUUAUACAAGAUUUGAACAAAGCAAUGAAACGUCUUGUGGAAAACAAAAUUCCAUUCCGAUUUGUUAUCUACAUAGGAAACACCCUCAAGCCGGCAGCGUAG